UGCGUGGCUGACUGCUUCUCGCCAUGUCUUCUCACAAGACUUUCAGAAUCAAGCGAUUCCUGGCCAAGAAACAAAAGCAGAAUCGUCCCAUUCCCCAGUGGAUUCGGAUGAAAACCGGUAAUAAGAUCAGGUACAACUCCAAAAGGAGACACUGGAGAAGAACCAAGCUGGGUCUGUAAGGCGUCACACGUCAUGAGAUGACACACCUAAUUGGCAUACAUAUUUAAUUAAGCUGCGUGAAGAUCAUGUGUUCUAUCAUUCUGUAAACAUCCUUCC